CAACUUGAUAAUUGCCACAUACCUGCAUUGCUGCCAUGGCCGCAAAGGGCCAGCAGGCCUCCGCUCCCGUCCUUGCGGUCGUUCCCAACGGACUCGACACUCGGGACGCACUACAGCUCUGGUCUGUAUUUUCAAAAUGCAAGGAUUCACUACAGAACGGGCGCCGCCUUGAAAACCUUUCAUGGCGCUUGGCCUCUCGGCAUUCGGUGCAACGACAGGGUGGCAGUGGGUUACUUGCUCCGACCUGGCCACCGACGCCCGAGUCGGUGUGCAGCGAUGACUCAAAUCGCUCCAAGUCAAGUAAUAGCAGCGCCCGUCACUCGAGCGACUCGGAUUCUUCGCGCUGGUCGAGGGAGAGCGUUGCUUCGCCUUUUUUCCCCGAUCUCAAGCUGGUUGCCCCCGUGCGGACAGCAGGGCAGUUCAUACGCGAAAUCGUCGUCCCGGAGCUUUCUGAGAAGCUUACGAAGGACGACGAGAUGAACGCCAAGAAGGAGCCGAAGAAGCAAGGCUACCCCGCACCCAUUACUAGCAGUUUGUCAGGCACUAACUCUACUUUGGCGGCACAAGCUACCGAUACAACCGUUGACCAUGGCAUCACUGUUCCCCGCGUCGUUAUCCUCGACGCUACGCCCAAUCUCACUCCUCAUCCAACACCGCCAGCAUCACCGGUCUUGCCCGCUGCGUCACCAAUCAGUCUUGAAGCGGCGGUUCCUUCUGACCCAGCUACUUCUUUCGAAAACGCCAAGCUUACAGCCAAUGUGGACCCAGCAACUGGACGCAAUCCGUCACAAGCAAUUUUCUUGUCACGAUCCGCCGCGCGUGGCAUGGGAUCACCCGGAGUCAUAUCCGCACUGUCUUCGUCAUGUUCUGCUACGGGUUCAUCCCUACUACCGAAAUCUACGCAUAACCUGCCGAUUGGGGGCCAGGACUGCCAGCCAACCAAGCUCGGCAGGGCCGGCAAAUUCCUCUUGGGAUUAGAAUCGAGUUCAGAUUCGAGUAGUGACAGCUCUCAAGAGCGGGGGAAGCAGAAAGGAGACCAGGAACGGCUCGGUGAUACUGGUGACGUUGCCCGGGGAAGAGUUCGGUCUAGGGCGGCAAGUGUGGUGGACCGAGAUCAACCUCCGUUAAUCAAACAGCAAGGGCCAUCUAAGCAGCAAGGGCCAUCCAAGCAGCCAGUACAGCCUCCGGCGCCCAAACCGCCAGCCGGCCCCCCUCGGAUUGUCUCAGCGCCAUUCUUGGGUGGUCUUGAGGCAUCAACACGCCGGCCGGAACGGGAAGCAUCUUCUAGCCGGCAUGUGGACGCUGACGAUACACGCUCUGAGAGCUCGCUUGCCUCGUCGCAGGUGCAUGUUCGGACACGUGGUAAAGGUGCCAUGCGUGGCCUGGCUCGGCGGGCAACGGCCUCCAGUUCACGCUCUCGAUCACGUGUUGCUCUCAAUAAGCUACCUCAGCCGUCAACCAAUCUGGCCGCAGCCGAGGCGAUGGUCGCAAAACAGGCGUUGGGGUCGGGGCGAAAGAUGAUCGUACUUGCGACAAGUGAUGACGAAGAAGGCGAUUGGAGUGAUGAGGAGGAUAGUGCCGUGAACGAGAGCGUGGUGAACGAAAGUGUGGUGCCGGAAGAGGAUGGUGAAUGGGAGGAUGAAAGCGAGGCUGAUCCUCAGAUCGAAAUUGACCCUGCUCCUGCCCGCCCUACCCAUUCCCGAGGUCGCAGUACAGACGACACAGAACCACGGCAUUCGGCUACCUCUGGACUGCGUCCGAUGCAUCGCUCUACGGGGCAUCUGCCUACUUUGGUGAACGGACAAAGCCGGCUCAAUCAUGGACGCGGAGCGCAGACGAAAUAUCAGCUGACAACAGCAGACCAGAACGCCCGAACGGCCCGAGCAUUGAAGGCAACGAUGAGCGCAACGACGCUUGCAAGCAUUUCUGAUGCGCUGAUGGAGGAACAACGGAAACACGACCUAUUCGCCAAAGCACCCCGGAAGAGUUACGAGAACCUGACACAGCUCAGCCAGCGUCCCGGCGGUUUGAGUGUACUGCUCGCACAGGGUCGCAGCCAGGCAGCGGAAUAUUGGCAGCAGCAGCAAGAGAAGAUCGGGCAGCAGAUGCCACCAGCACCGGAGCAGCAGGUUCCCCAAACGCCCAGACAUCGACUUGCUGGCGGAUUCGGCGGAUUAGGGCUAGCGAUGACACGUGCGCCAUUGCCGCCUAUCCCCCCGGCCCCGGCCCCGGCCCAAGAACGAGAAACAAUACCACACCCUACUAAAGAAACACCACCCUUGACUCAUUCUCGUGCGCCCUCGACCAGCCGGCGACCGGCAGUGACGCGUGCGACGUCGAGCAGCGCUGUCCCCAAUUUUGCAGGAACGCCGGUCAGCGGCUCGCUAGGCAAGAGUUCCGUUGCAGGGCCUGUUGUGACGAAUGGACGCACAGGAGGAUAUCGACCAAAAGGGCCACCGGCGGAAGUCGAAUUUGAUGACGACGAGUCUGAUGCGGACGGGCGUGACAAGGGCAAAGGCCGGGCGUCGAAUUCAGGCGAUGACCUGCCACUCUCCAAGAGUGUUGCGCAGGAGAAGCUGCGUAUUUUAGCAGAGCAAACCGCGAUUCAGGCCAAAGCUCAAACAACCGACACUGCAGCUGAGCGCAGGAGACUCUACGAAGUGGCUGGUGUCGUUCCUUGGGCGUCUGCUGCCAACAAUCACAACGUCAAGCAGGAUUUCGUGGCGCAGUCACCUCCGAACCGCUCGAUGGCGACUGUGGCCGUCGGAUUCCCAGUCGCGCCCUUGCCAACCCCUGUUCCACCAUCCACUCCGCGCACGACUCGGCGAACCAUGUUGCAGAACGAAAUGUCAGCAAGCUUGCGCGCAAAUCUUCUCAGACAACGCAAACUCAGUCGGAACGACCUGCUUGGGCCUGUGCCUCGGAGAACGAAAAGCACUGUCCAUAUCCCCCACGAGAAGAAUCUCGUCAAACUCACCGAACGACCGCCCGGAGUCGAACGUCGAGACGAGCUGCCGCUGCUGCCGAUGGACCAGAUUUUGCACGGUCCACAGGCUCAGAAGAAGCUUGUUCGGAACUACAGCUGGGCUAAUACGAGCGAAACUUACCACCGUUCUGGCUGGUAGUCGUCUUGCUAAAUAUAUAUUACUCUACUGUACCAACUCAUUCACUCGCACGCAUGUAUCAGUAACACCGGCUGUCCUUGGUUUUCUCUACUGUACAUAAUUUGGUCAAUCCGCAUGGUCGUUUUCUGGAGAUCGUAUUCUUUCUUCGAUUCUUGCGGUCAAGUGUGUAGUAAAAGGUUGCUGACCAACCAACGUUUCAGCACGCCAAUCACUGCUCACAACCGAUUACGUGACAUUGGAUGACGCAUCUGCCCAAGCGAUCGCUGCCUGAUUUUUUCCUGCAUCGGCUCCGUGCUGAGCAUUCCUCGGUGACUGCGCCGACGAUCUUAAUCGAUAUAUAAGCUCCGCC